AUGUUGUCCGGAGCGCCCACCAACUAUGAAGUGUUCAAGCGUCGCAUGGAGAACAUGUCAAAAGAGGACAGAAGAAAGAUGGCUCGGUUCUCAUAUUUCUCUUCAGCACCGAUAACCCCACACGACCCUCGAAACUUGACGCAGCGCAGCAUCAUGUAUGUGUCCUAUGAACCUAACCACAUGUUGUAUGCUAACGAUACCAGGGCACGUUCGAUCAAGCAGCCUGUGAAGUCCCAAGCAAAGGUAGACCAACAAAGGAACAAUGAGCGCUUCAGAGAGUUCAUUCGUUUAGUCGAAAAAUGCUGUGAGCAAAAGAUCUGCUUCUGCAAGCACAAGUUACCCGAGAACCAUGGAAAGCGCUGUCGUGUGAUGGAGCGCGUCAUCCGCGAAGCUACAGAGCAGCCUACCCCUUACUCGUCCUGGUCAGUCGAAGAUCUUUUGAUCGAAGUCAAGCAUCGCAACAUCGCUUUGCCCAGAAAACGCACAAAGGGCGGCCUCACCAAGCUCCUACAGCAAUCCGACCCUCCACGCUCGUUCCGUCUUAUGGAUUUGCCUGUUGAAGUUCGUCUACACAUUUACGGCAUGGCAUUUGACGGCGGCAGAACUGGAGACUUGGAUGUGGGAAGCCGUCGCGAUGUCGCUGAGCCUGCUCUUCUUCAAACCAGUCGUCAGAUCCGCGCCGAAGCCACUCCGGUUUUCUACGGUACAGCCUACUUUCGCUUCAUGUUGCCAGUCGUAGAAGAAGACCAGAAGUCUACACAAUGGAUCAAGAAUCGCGGGCAAAUCUGGCUGCAGCACACCAGUCCCAACAACAUGAAGGACCUACGCCAUGUCUCGUUCCGCUUCCAGGAAAGCUUUGACGAAUACGAUCUUCACAUUGAUCUCGCCAGCCGCUUUAUUGAGGACUGGCUCAUUCCGUUCGGCAGUGAGCCUUUGGAGUGCCCAUGUCGACGUCAGAGCAAGUGGACACUGAUGCAGUGGCGCGAGAAGAUGAGUGAUACCGCAAGACCGGAGCACCAGGAGGAGGUCCGCGCCAACUUCGAAAAGUGCAUCAGCACUGCCAACAAGGCUAUCCAAGACUUCCAGGCUCUCUGCGGUCAAGGCGGAAAGGUCGAGCCCACCAUCCCUGGUCUUGCCAUCUUGGCUGAAGCUGUACACUUCGUUCUUGAGUCCUGUGUUAUGUGGAUGCUCGCUUGCAUUGAUGGGAACACUUUCUUCCUCGGAGAGCAAGAUAUCGACUAG